CUCAUCGCUUCACACAACGCCAACGGCCCACAAGCCACCCGACUUAUGUCUGAUGUAGCACAAAGUGAAGCUUGAGCUGAGCUGCUCUCUAAAUGUGUGAGGCGUUAGAGAGACUCAGAGGAGCGUGACAUCUGUGCAGUGAUGCCCCGUUCAUUCUUGGUGAAGCGGAUUGGACUGCACCACAUCCGAGCCACAGCCAAGAGCCUGGGUCCAGAAUCUGCCGUGGAAACACUCGGCUAUUUGGAAACAAAGGGAUCCUGGGAUCAGUCCUUGGAGUACACCUCAGCAAAACCAACGGAUAAUAACACAGCGUAUCUUUCUACAGCCAAAUACUCUCAAAUGAACAGACAUCUUCAGUCAUUCAUCGUCAGAUCUCACGACCGGAGAGCUGUUGGAAAUUCUGAAUCAGCCCCAGACCACCCUGAGCUUUUCGGGGAAACCAGGAGCAGUGAUUCCUCAGAGAUCAGCACACCGGAUCAUCCGUGUCCACUUUGUGGCAACAUAUUUUCCUGCCUGUCCAGUUUAAAGACUCACAUCUACAGGAGUCAUGAAAACAGAGAUUCCCUGUCGGCUGCACACAUGAAUUCCAGAACAGACUCUGAGCAACCGACACGCAAGAAGGAAAGGACAUUUGGCUGUGGAGUUUGUGGGAAAGAAUUCAAGCGCUCCUCGACUCUGUCCACUCACCUGCUCAUCCAUUCGAACACUCGGCCGUACCCGUGUCAGUACUGUGGCAAGAGCUUUCACCAGAAGUCUGACAUGAAGAAACACACCUUCGUACACACCGGUGAGAAGCCUCAUGUCUGCCAGAUAUGUGGGAAGGCCUUCAGCCAGAGCUCCAACCUCAUCACUCACAGCCGCAAACACCGGGACGAGCAGAUGCACCGCUGCCCGCGCUGUCUGUACGGGUUCCAGCACAAAGUGGACCUGUGGCGGCACCAGGAGCACCACUGCUUGUACCGCUAACGCAGCUGUCACCAGAUCAGUGAUCACCAGCAGACUUCAAACACUCAACUUUAGUAAUCGUCUUUUCUGCACCAGAGUGGUCCACUUCCCAAGGACACUCUUCUUACUGUACUUAUGGAUUUCCAACACUGCACUCAUAUAAUGUUUCAUGAUUCUUCCAGCAAACGAUAAACAAAUGAUGGCUAACUUUGGUUUUCAGUGUAUUUUGAUGAAUCUAUUUGUAAAUAGUGAAUAAUUUUGUGCAUUACUUUUUGUGAGUGAAGCUGUAUUAUCUCUCUCAAGACU